AUGAACUCCUCUAUUUAUUCCCAAAUUCCCACCCCAUUUCUCUUCAAUUUUCUUUGCCCCACACCUCCAACCACAGCUUCCAACAAACAGCAAUAUAUGCUAUCACAUUAUUGCUCUAGUUUCAUGGCUGCUUUUCUUUUCUUCCUCGUUUUUGUUCUUUUAAUGUCCUCUAGUAGCACUACUGCUCAGGGUCCACCCUUCCCUGGCUUCUACCCCAGUUCCUCUGUUCAAUCCAAUGGGUUUAGUCAGUAUUUUAGAAACCUCUGGGGUCCUCAGCAUCAAAGGCUUGACGACCAAGGCUCUGUAACCAUUUGGCUCGACAAUACUUCAGGUAGUGGGUUUAAAUCACUGCACUCAUACCGAUCCGGUUACUUUGGUGUUGCUGUAAAACUCCAACCUGGCUACACUGCAGGAGUUAUCACAUCAUUCUACCUCUCAAACAACCAAUAUUUCCCUGGAAACCACGACGAAAUUGAUCUAGAAUUCCUGGGAACAACACCAGGGAAGCCGUACACUCUCCAAACAAACGUCUUCAUUAAAGGAAGUGGAGAUGGAAACAUUAUCGGAAGAGAAAUGAAGUUCCAUCUCUGGUUUGAUCCCACACAGAAUUUCCAUCACUACGCCAUUCAAUGGACUCCAUCAGAUAUCAUAUUUUUGGUAGACGAUGUCCCGAUUCGGAGGUAUACAAGAAGGAACGACGCGACUUUCCCAGUAAGACCAAUGUGGGUUUACGGUUCGAUAUGGGAUGCUUCCCAAUGGGCGACAGAGGAUGGGAAAUACAAGGCGGAUUAUCAUUACCAGCCGUUCGUAUCAAAGUACCGGGAGUUCAAAAUAAGCGGGUGCACUGCGGAGGCGGGGGAGUCUUGCCGGCCAAGGUCCGGGGGGUUGAGCGAAGAGCAAUACAAGGCAAUGGAGUGGGUGCAAAGGAAUUACUUGGUGUAUGAUUAUUGCAACGAUCCAAAGAGAGAUCACACGCAAAUACCCGAAUGUUAAACCACAAGGGGAAGGAGAUAUAAUUUAAGAAAAGAAAAAUAGGGUUUGAUUAUGAAAGUGAGGUCUUGAGAUGGAUGGGGGUGAAAAGGCCAGAAGGGUUUGAGAAAUUACAAUACAAUACAAUACAAUACUACGUGUGCGUCCAAGUCCCCACACCCAUAUUUUAAGUUUCUUAAAAGGUUUUCUCUUUUGUAUUGUUUGUUAUAUAUAAAAGUGAACAAAAAGGAUGUGUGAUUA